GAGCAGUCCAACACAAGCUAACCCGUGAGGUUCAACCAGGCUAAGUAAUUGGGGGACCGUGUCAGCUCUGAAUUACAAUGAGCAGCAGGGAGGCUCUGUCAGCUGACUAAUCAGGGGUAGAGGGUUUUUGCAGAGCUGCCACCAUGGUAAUGGAAGCUGCUCCACUAGCUUUGUUUUGUAGAGAUCUCUGGCUGCCGGUUUUAAACACGACCGAAGAAGCAGCUCAUAUUUCAUCCAUGUUGCACUGACAAUUGGAAAAGAAGAGUGUUAUUGUGUAUAGGCGAGAUGGCAGAAGCUAAUCCCCCGAGAGGCAAGAUGAGGUUCAGAAGGAAUGCGGCUUCCUUCCCCGGGAGCUUGCACUUGGUGUUGGUUCUACGCCCCACCAGUUUUCUUCAGCGAACUUUCACAGACAUUGGGUUUCGAUUUAGUCAGGAGGACUUCAUGCUGAAGUUACCGGUGGUUAUGCUGAGCUCAGUUAGUGAUUUGCUGACAUACAUUGAUGACAAGCAGUUAACCCCUGAGUUAGGCGGCACCUUGCAGUACUGCCACAGUGAAUGGAUCAUCUUCAGAAAUGCAAUAGAAAAUUUUGCCCUCACAGUGAAGGAAAUGGCCCAGAUGUUACAAUCCUUUGGAACUGAACUGGCUGAGACAGAACUACCAGAUGAUAUUCCUUCCAUAGAAGAAAUUCUUGCAGUUCGUGCUGAAAGGUAUCAGCUGCUGAAGAAUGAUAUCACAGCUGUCACCAAAGAGGGAAGAAUUCUGCUCACAAAUCUGCAAGUGCCUGACACUGGGGAUGCUGUCAGUUCAAGACUUGACCAUCAUCAGCAAAUAGGUGGUGACUGGCAAACGAUUAAUAAAUUGCUGACUCAAGUACGUGAUAUGGAAAUAGCUUUUGAUGGAUUUUGGGAAAAGCAUCAACUGAAAAUGGAGCAGUAUCUGCAACUAUGGAAGUUCGAGCAGGAUUUCCAAGAGCUCGUGACUGAAGUUGAACUUCUAUUAAACCAACAAGCAGAGUUGGCAGAUGUAACAGGGAAUAUAUCUCAAAUAAAGCAAAAGCUAAAAAAGUUGGAUAACUUAGAUGAAAGCUCUCAGGAUGUAUUAGCAAAGGCCCAGUUUGUGAUAUUGCAUGGACACAGACUUGCGGCCAAUCACCAUUACGCACUGGAUUUGAUCUGCCAGAGGUGCAAUGAGCUACGUUAUCUUUCUGAUAUUUUGGUCAAUGAGAUCAAAGCAAAAAGGAUACAGCUGAGCAGGACCUUCAAAAUGCAUAAACUUCUACAGCAGGCUCGUCAGUGCUGUGAUGAAGGAGAAUGUCUUCUAGCCAGCCAGGACAUGGACAAGUUUCAGUCUAAAGAAGAUGCUCAGAAAGCACUCCAGGACAUUGAACAUUUUCUUGAAAUGGCCCUGCCCUUUAUAAAUUAUGAUCCUGAAAAUCUACAGUAUGAAUUUGAUGUAAUUUUAUCCCCUGAACUCCAGGUUCAAAUGCAGACUGUGCAAGUCAAGCUUGAAAACAUUCGAAGUAUAUUUGAGAACCAACAAGCUGGCUUCAAGAACCUGGCAGAAAAGCAUAUGAGGCCCAUCAAAUUUGUGGUCCCGGCUUCAAACAAUUUGAUCACAUCCAGAACACCAUUUUGGUCGCCUAAACAUGGCAAGAAGAGUUGGCGACAAAACCAGAGCAACCUAAAAAUUGAAGUGGUGCAUGAUUGUCGGGACAAGAGAAAUCCUGGCCAAACUUCCAGUUUGAACAAUGACAAUAGCUUGGAUGUUUUAAAGAACCACGUCCUGAAUGAGCUGAUACAGACUGAGAGGGUCUAUGUUCAGGAGCUGUUUACUGUUUUGUUGGGCUACAGAACAGAAAUGGACAAUCCAGAGAUGUUUGAUCUUAUGCCACCUCUCCUGAGAAAUAAAAAGGAUAUUCUCUUUGGAAAUAUGGCAGAGAUAUAUGAAUUCCAUAACAACAUUUUCAUGAGCAGUCUGGAAAGCUGUGUUGAGGCUCCAGAAAAAGUGGGACCUUGCUUUCUGCAAAGGAAAGAUGAUUUUCAGAUGUAUGCAAAGUAUUGUCAGAAUAAGCCCAGAUCAGAAGCAAUUUGGAAGAAAUACUCAGAAUGCAGCUUUUUCCAGGCAUGUCAAAGGAAAUUACAACACAGACUUGGCCUGGAUUCCUAUUUACUGAAACCAGUGCAGCGAAUUACUAAAUAUCAGUUACUGUUGAAGGAGCUAUUAAAAUAUAGCAAGGACUGUGAAGGAUCAGAUCAGUUAAAGCAGGCACUUGACACAAUGCUGGAUUUACUGAAGUCAGUUAAUGAUUCCAUGCAUCAGAUUGCAAUAAAUGGCUACAUUGGAAAUUUAAAUGAACUGGGCAAGAUGAUAAUACAAAGUGCAUUCAGUGUUUGGAUUGGCCAUAAGAAAGGUGCUACAAAAAUGAAGGAUUUUGCUAGAUUCAAACCAAUGCAGCGACACCUUUUCUUGUAUGAAAAAGCCAUUAUUUUUUGUAAAAGGCGAGUGGAGAGCGGAGAAGGGUCUGAUAGAUACCCGUCGUACAGUUUCAAGAACUGUAUGAAAAUGAAUGAAGUUGGCAUCACUGAACAUGUAAAAGGAGAUACCCGCAAAUUUGAAAUAUGGUGUGGUGAGAAGGAAGAAGUUUAUAUUGUCCAGGCUCCAAGUGUAGACGUGAAGAUGACAUGGUUAAAAGAAAUAAGAAGCAUUCUGUUGAAGCAACAGGAACUUAUGACAGUUCAAAAGCAAGCACAAAAUAACCAGUUAACAGAACAAGAUCCAUUUUCCUGUCAACGAAAUGAUGAAUUGUAUAGAAGCUCAUUUUCACAUAUUCACACCAUCAGAAAGCAACAAGGAGCUUUUAUAAGUUCGGAGGAAACGGAAGCAGAGCCCAGCAAUGCUAUGGCAGAUGGCGCAGCGCUCUCCGCACUUCCAGUGGAAGGGACCUCAGUUUGGACUGAGAUGUUACCACGUUCCGAAGUUCCUGCCCAGCCUGAAGAGUGGUCCAGAAACUAUUUCUGCUCUACUUAUGAUGACAAUGAAGAAGAAGAAAGGCCUCUAAUGGUUGGUGAAAAAUCUAAACAGAAGAAAAGAAGGUCUGAUUCCAGGGAACAGUUUGCAGAUUUUAACUGGUGGCAAUAGGUUUUGGAAUGCCAGAGAUACAGAUGCUGCUCUGAGUAACACAAGGAAAGUAAGUUCCCCUUGAACUAAAGGAGCAUGGAAUAGACGUAAAAAUAAGAUUUCCUAUGGAGAUGUGGGCUAGAUUACAUGCGUAAAAAGUGUCACAGCACAAGAUCAGGGUGUUCCUACGCUGCGCGUGAUAGUCAGCGUUUCUUCGGCCUGAGGUCGGCUUCGUCAUUCCCACCGAGUGUCAUUCUUGCCAGAAGUCAUCUUCGCUCCUUCCGCUCUCGCCAGGUGAAAAAUGCAUUGUUGUUUUGUGUCCCAGGAGGAUGUUUCAUGGCAUACAUUCCAGUUCCAUCUGAACUGAAUUCAGGAUUCAGUUCUGAAAGCUGGGAAUCUAUUGUUUUGAACACUUGCAGGUAAAAAAACAAAACAAAACAAAAAACGUUACCUGUAAUGUUUUGGGUAACGCUUCAGAGCAAAACAGAAAAGAAACCCAAAGAGUACAGAGAUAAUCAGAUUUGUAACCCCCUUUGCUAAUUGAUAGUUUAUUUUAUUAUUUAAUUUGUUACCUUCGUGAGGACAGUCUACCAAAGGGAUAUGUUCUGAAAGGCCUCUUUUGCACAUUGAUUGGUCUGUAGGUUUCUCAGAGCUGUCUUAUGGUUCUAAAACCAGCCAAGCUAGAAACUCCUGGAUGUAUUAUCGAGGUUUAGGAAAUGGUUGUGCAUUGAAAUUUCAAGAUAUAUGUCACAGCUUUUAAGUUAAAUAUUCAUAUUUGCACAAAGGGUGUUCCUGUAGCAAAACUUUACUUUCCAGUGUCUUCACUUGCUUUUGAGUUUUUGAGAAAAAUUUCUUCUUGUCAAGGUUUUCUUAAGUUAGAUUUUAUUUCUUCCUAGGGUUUGUCUUUGAUAAUACAUGUCCAGAUGCCUUUCUUUUAAAGAUGCAAACAGUGUGAUCACUUUUUCAAAACCCAGGGCCAGCUGUGGUGUGCAGUAUUGAAUUUAUGCUUUUAGUAUUUUUAUUUUAAAGUACUGCAGACAAUAGUUUGAAAUUGCUGCAUUCAGACUCAUGGACUGUUGCGUUUUACUAUCAAGUUGGCAAAUUAGGUGCAUGGUUUUGAUGAUUGAUUUUACAAUAAAUAAUAAUAACUAACACAUAAAUAAUUUAUCUUUUUAAUAGCUGCGUGUAUCAUGCCAAGAUCAUAGCUCAUGCCAGUGUUAUCAUUUGAUGUAACAAUUUGUAUGACAAACUUAUAUUUUAUUCAAAGUUACCUGCAAAUUAUAAAUCUUCUAUCCAGUUGUUGGGGUUUAUGGUGGCUGAUUUAUAACUCACUUAUUAAAUGUCCAUAGAUUUGAUAUUUCACUUAAUGCUUCUGCAAACGUAACAAAAUAACAGCAAAAUUAAAUUUAAAGGUAGUUAUUUUGUGUGCUGAUCCUGCGGUUAAAAGAAUUAGGAGAUAAAUUUUUUGACUAAUGAUGCCCCUCUGCAGAAAACAUUUUAAUUUCGUAGUACUAAGCUCGGGAUUUUAAUCAGUUAAGACAGUAUUGAGUUCAAUGGAUUGAAGCAUACAAUUAAGGCUUUUUAAUGUUUUAAUCACUGUACAAUGAAUGCUAUAUUUGUAUAUGUAUUUGUACAUGUAACAGCAUUGUAUUAAUUGUAUUGGGCUAUAAAUGUGUUACUGUAAAACAUAGCAGCAAUGUCCCUUUAAGUCUUCAAAUUUUAAUUACAUUCUAAAUGUACUUACAAGGUAUAUGUACUUGCAUUAACUCCACAUU